AUGAAGGAGACAUUCAAAGCUUUCGACUAUUACAUUACUUCUGACUCAUUUGGCUUGAUGCGAUUUCUACUUUUUGACUAUGCCCCGUUACGAAAAUUCUUUUCACAUCUUUGCCUUCGUCGAAAAAUUCCUCUUAAGUUAACUCAAGUUUCACCAUCAAAAAGUAGACAUAAAGACUUUAAAGGAUUCUUCAAUGUUCUUUCCGUGUUCACAAAUUUAACAUUGAGAUGGAAGUUUUUCCCUUCAUGUAGAUAUUUAGCAGGAAAAGAAGAAAGAUGA